AUGUCGAUCUUCUUCUCGACCCCGGUCGACAUCGACAUCGUCCUGGAGGACAGCGAUGAUCGCGCCAUGGUCGACACCAAGCUCGACAAGAGCCGCCGCGAGAAGGUGCCGCUCUACAUGGACGGCGAGUCCGUCAAGGGCCAGGUGACGAUUCGCCCCAAGGAUGGCAAGCGCCUGGAGCACACCGGCAUCAAAGUGCAAUUCAUCGGGACCAUAGAAAUGUUCUUUGACCGCGGCAACCACUACGAGUUCUUGUCAUUGGGCCAGGAGCUUGCCGCCCCCGGCGACCUGCAGCACCCCCAGACCUUCGAUUUCAACUUCAAGAACGUCGAGAAGCAAUACGAGUCGUACAAUGGCAUCAACGUGAAGCUGCGCUACUUCGUGCGCGUCACCGUGUCGCGGCGGAUGGCCGAUGUGGUGCGCGAGAAGGACAUCUGGGUCUACUCGUACAGGAUACCCCCGGAGACCAACAGCUCCAUCAAGAUGGACGUCGGUAUCGAGGACUGCCUGCACAUUGAAUUCGAAUACUCCAAAUCCAAGUACCACCUGAAGGACGUCAUCGUUGGCCGCAUCUACUUCCUGCUGGUCCGAUUAAAGAUCAAGCACAUGGAGCUGUCCAUUAUCAGGAGGGAAACGACGGGCGCUGCGCCAAACCAGUACAAUGAGAGCGAGACGUUGGUUCGGUUCGAGAUCAUGGAUGGUUCGCCUUCCAGAGGCGAGACUAUACCGAUUAGACUCUUCCUUGGAGGCUUCGAUCUUACACCGACGUUCCGCGAGGUCAAUAAGAAAUACUCGACUCGCUACUAUCUCAGUCUGGUCCUCAUUGACGAAGACGCCCGCCGUUACUUCAAGCAGUCGGAGAUCGUUCUUUACCGACAGGCACCCGAUGGCCUUGCGCAAGCGGUGACGAAGGAACAGCCGAUCAUCACUCCCCCAUGA